AUGACAUUGACAUUGGAUCAAGCUACACAACCGUUGAAUAUCAUUCAGCAACAAAGAGCAAGACCACAACACGCGAAUUUUAGAAUGAACUUCGAACCAUUUGAGAAAACAGAAAUGAAUCCAGGUGAAGUUCCAGAAAGUUCGAAAGCAUAUCCCCAACAACAAACAUAUGAUAGAUAUUUCAGGUUUGAAAAAGGUGCUGAUGAUUUAGUUAAUAUUGCAGCCGGUCUUCAUAAAGGAUUUGCCCGCGUUGAUGAUGCAAUUACAUUACCAGAAGCGCAGGCAUAUGCAAAGAAACAUGGUAAGAACUGGCAAGCUCACGAAUUAGAUAUUACAGGACCAAACGGACUUCCAGAUGGAAUUAAGGAAGUUUUCAUCACUGACUCCAAAGGUAAUUUGAAAGUAAUUAAUGGAUGGAGAUUAACUGACGGUGACUAUGCUGAAAGAAAAGCAUAUCAUACAGUUAUUCCAGAACCUGUUGAUAGAGCAGAAGAAGGAAACUCUUUUGUUGAUUUCAAGAAGACUUACUUUAGAGUUGCUGAUGAUGAAAAUGGAAAUCAAACAGUUUAUAUAGCAAGACCAGAAGGUAAAGGACCAGCAAAUCAAUUUUAUAUAGGACCUAAAAUGGGUGGAUAUACACUAAUUGCACCAGAUGGAACACAGCACAUAAUUGAACCAGGUGCUUACGGAAUACAACCACCAGCAAAUACUGCAACACUUGCUCCAGCGAAUUCCACAGCUACAGUAAAUUCCACAACAAAUCAAAAUAGUCUACGAACACCAUUAACGAGACAUUUUGGAAAACCAAAUCAAAAUAGACGAACAGCUCAACCACCUCAACCAACUAACACAGUUACAAUAAAUCCAGAUGAUCUAAAUACUUUGGUGAAUAAUAACAUGGAUCAAGAUUUACAGAAUACAAUGCGCGGUGCAUUCAACAGACCCCAACGCACAUUAGAUUAUAAUGAAUUGAUUUAA